AUUUUUUUAACGCAACUUUCUCCUAAGCUGUUUGGAGGAUAUUCCACAGAACAACUAUCAAAACAAACAAUAUGGAUACAUUUCCUUUAAAUGGACUACCAACACCGCCUUUGGAGGAUGUUGCCACACCGUCGUUGAGCAAGAGUUUACAAAAACUAUAUGCAGACAAUGAGGCUAUGCGCGCAUCUAUUCAAAGUUUCCAAAUUUAUAAAGAAACUGCUACGAGGGACAAUUUCAUUAAUGGAUUUGAUCAAAGCUCUGCAUUAAUGGGCCUUCAUUCUGAUGAGAGUGAACUUUUUUUCGGUCAACAACAGCAAGAAUGUUUUAAUUUAAUGCAGCAACAAAAUAUGUUGAUUACGAGUUUAGGAAAAAUUCUUGAAGACUAUAUUAACAUUCAAAAUCAAGUGAUAAUGGCCCUGAAAAUAUGGCAACGAAAACAAGCAUUAGCCGGCAAUGGUGCACCCUUCCCCGCUAAUUUAGAUGAGAUUCAAAGCUUUGUAGAAGCUUUGAUGGAUCGAAUUAACGAAAUUAUAUUUUUCUGCAAUUGUUUGUUAUAUUUGUUUGUUGAGCCAAGUAUUCAAGGUAUACUAAAUCAUGCACAGGACCUACAUAAUGUUCUCAUAUUUUCGACUUUCAUCGUGGAGAAACAACCAUCGCAAGUUAUAAAGACAGGAACUAAGUUUUCGGCCAGUGUCCGUUGGUUAAUCGGGAGGAAGUUGGAUAUUCAUCAGAAUAAACCAAAAAUGAAGUGUGAAAUACUUUCAGAGGCUCAGGCUAAACGAUUAGCAGCACAAAAUGGUGCAAAUAUUCAAAUCCCCCCAGCAUCUACUGGCGUAAUGAUAGGCAAUGAAUGUUCAAUGGUUUACGACAGCAGCAGUGGGAAUUUUUCUGCAAAUUUCGCAGAGCUUGUAAUAAAAAGCAUACAGCGCUCCGAGAGGAAGGGACCAGAAAGCGUUAUGGAUGAAAAGUGUACCUUACUAUUUUACACAACAACUCAGUAUAAGGAAUUUGAGAUAACUUGCUGGACACUUACUGUACCCUUGGUGGUAGUUGUACAUAAUAGUCAGGCACCACAAUCAAUGGCCACUACUACCUGGGAUAAUGCGUUCUAUAUAAUUGGCCGCGAACCGUUUCAGGUACCAGACAAAGUCCAUUACACGAAACUGUUGGAAGCGUUGAAUAUGAAGUUUGCUUCUUUGACGGGAGGUGAAUUAACUCCAGAAAACUUGGAUUUCCUAAGUGAAAAACUCUUAUUCAAUGAAACUGGUCAGGCCAAUGAAUAUAUAACUUACUCACGAUUCUGUCGGGAUAGGUUACCAGGCCGUAAUUUUACAUUUUGGGAAUGGUUUUAUGCUAUAAUGAAACUGGUAACGACACAUUUAAAUCAAAUGUGGACGGAUGGACUCAUUGUUGGAUUUAUAAACAAACAAAAAACGUUAGAAGAAAUUUUGCCGUCUCAACCCAAUGGUACAUUCUUGCUACGCUUUUCGGAUAGUGAGUGUGGUGCCAUAACCAUCGCAGUGCAUCAUGACAAUUGCAGAUAUUUAAUAACACCGUGGACUGCCAACGACUUGAUUGUUCGUUCUCUAGCCGAUCGUGUAAAUGAUUUGCCAAUGUGUCAGAUCUUGUAUCCAAAAAUGUUGCAACGUGAUGCAGCAUUCGGCAGUUUUUAUACUCCGCGAAUAGCACGUGACGGUUACGUUCCUGCGCAAAUAGUAGUGCAACCACCUCAAUUUCAUUAGGAAGAGUAAGUUUCCCGAUAUUUAAUCCAUAUUUAAAACUAGUUGAUUAUAAGCUGUGUGUACGAUUAUAAGAUGUGUACGCAUUUGAAAGAAUGUUCCUUUAUUGGACUUUCAUUUAGUAUGUAGUGUAUACACUGACGCAAACACAUUGUUUUUCCAG